AUGAUUAUACAGUUAACUAUCUUGAUUCCUUGGUGGAUGUACGAUAAAUUACCGGGGCAAAUGUAUUUAUUACGAAAGUUUCGGCUCCUGUUAUGAGAGAUGUCCUGUUAGAAGAGUAGCUUUCGUUGAGCAUUCUGCUGCAAUAAAACUUUUGGAGCUGGGCAUUGUUUCCUGGGCAUAGUUGACCAGAUUGAACAACAGUGUUUGGUAAAAGCCAACAGAAUACAGAUUUUUGUAUUGGAGUGAAUCACAGAGGCUUGAGAGGCUGAUCAUCAUCAUGAAGUGUGUAACUGAGGACUGGAUGCGAGGGUUUGGGCUGCUAUUCUUUGUCCAAACAGUACUUUCUAUGGUUAUCCCUAACUCUACUCACCUGGAGGCGAUACUGGAGAACUAUAUGAACAAAGAUGACGAGUGGUGGGUGUCCAAACAGCGAGGGAAGAGAGCCAUCACUGAGGGUGAUAUGCACCUCAUACUCGAUUUGCACAACAAGCUGAGAGGUCAAGUUUAUCCUCAAGCUUCAAAUAUGGAGUAUAUGGUUUGGGAUACGGAGCUGGAGAGGAGUGCUGAGCACUGGGCACACACCUGCCUGUGGGAGCAUGGACCACAACACAUGCUAACUCAGAUUGGACAAAACCUGGGUGCCCACUGGGGAAGAGACCGACCACCAACAUUUCACGUCCAGGCCUGGUAUGAUGAAGUGAGAGACUACAGCUAUCCCUAUCCACAGGAGUGUAACCCACACUGCCCCUUGAGAUGUUCUGGUCCUGUCUGCACUCACUACACACAGAUGGUUUGGGCAACAAGCAGCCAUAUUGGAUGUGCUAUCAAUGUGUGUUACAACAUGAAUGUGUGGGGCAUGAUUUGGACUAAAGCUGUGUACUUGGUUUGCAACUACUCACCGCCGGGAAACUGGUGGGGGCAUGCCCCAUACAAACAUGGCCGCCCGUGCUCUGCCUGUCCGCCCAGCUACGGUGGAGGCUGUAGGGACAAUCUCUGCUAUACAGAGAACGGAGUACAGAGACGUCCUGCCCCUGAACUAGAGGAGACAAACUACAUCGAGCCGCAGCCAGAGCCGAGGGCCCAAGAGCCAAAGUCGGGACAGCAACCCCCAAUACCAUCACCCAAUGACAACAUAGAGAGGAAUGAGGUGGUCAGCACAGUGCAAAUGUGUCAACAGAUGGACUGUGAGACAAAGCUGCGUGAUCGUUGUAAAGCAACCACUUGUAAUAGGUACGAGUGUCCUCCUGGAUGCUUGUCCAGCCCAGGAAAAGUCAUAGGGACUGCGUAUUAUGAUAUGCAAUCAAGUGUUUGUGGAGCUGGUUUACAUGCUGGAUUAAUAGACAAUGAUGGAGGCUGGCUGGACGUUACAAGACAAGGAAGAAAACCACAUUUCACAAAGUCAUACAAAAAUGGAAUUCGGUCUCUUGGGAUGAACAGGAGUGCAAAUGCUUUCAAAGUAUUCUCUGUACCAGUAAAGGCAGUAUCGUGUGAGACCACUGUUGCAUGGUUCUGUCCCUACAAAAAACCUGCACAGCACUGUCCAAGGUUGUAUUGCCCCCGCAAUUGUCUGCAUGAGACCCGUGCCAGAGUCAUUGGAACGCAAUAUUAUUCGGAUAAAUCCAGUAUAUGUCGAGCAGCCAUCCAUGCUGGUGUAAUUCAGAAUGACUCAGGAGGCUACCUGGAUGUGCAACCCGUGGACAAGAGGAGACAGUAUAGUGGUAGCUAUCAGAACGGAAUCUCUUCAGAAAGCCUACAGAAUCCCUCAAGUGGCAAAGCAUUCAGAGUAUUUGCAGUCAUUUAAUUCACAUUGCAAGGACACUGGCAAUGAAAAAGAGCACUUGUCAUUUAACACCCAGUCAUUUCACGGACAGUAAUUACAUUGCUUAUGGUUUCCUUUUCUUGCUAAGCUGCACCUCAGCUUCUCAAGGCUGUUCACUUCACUCUGAUCACAACUUAUAUAAAGAUACACUGUUCAAAUGCAUAUCUUUAAGCCUGCUUAUUAGAUGUAUAUAACAUAACAUGUUGUAAAUAAGUUUAAUGUAAAAAAAAAAAAAAAAAGCUAUCUCUCAUAGAUAUUUGUAUCAGAACAGAAAAAUAUAGAAUGUGCAUGCAUGGUAAAUGUUUUAAUUCUAUGAUAUUUCAAAUGUAUUGUUUUCAUUUUGUAUGCAUAUUUUUGUAAGUAUUUUAUACAUUUUGAGGCGUUGUAUUUCAUGAUACAAAAUUGUAUAGCCUUUAUUCAAAGAUGUCUACAGUUCAAGCCUGGCUGGCCAGGAGUGUGUCAGAAAAUGUCAUAGCAUGAACCGAAAAGGGUGAGACAGCCGAAAUAUGCAUUAUUUAUUUACAUUUAUGAAUAAAUCAUUGUUAUCAAUGGUAAAUUCUGAAAAAGUUAGAGCAUUCAUAUCAUGUAUUUUUGCUGAACAUACAGUAUCGCCAUUAUAUGUUUCAAGAAAACCUUAAAUAUCAGUACUCCAUUGAUUGCUGCUGUUCAUAAUACAGUAUGGUAUGUAGUUUAUAAAGCACUACCUCACGUUGUUAGAAAAGUUUUGUCCUAUCACGAUCAAUGUACUGGAUAAUACUGCUAUUCUGUCUGGAUGGCCAAGAGGGUACUGUCUUGCAGUCCUGGAUCCAACAUUUGUUUGUAAG